CGCCUCCGCCUCCUCCCCGCAGCCUUCCCGCACUUCGCGGGGUCCCGGGCUCACCAUGCACUGCCAGGCCGAGCCCGCGCUCAGCAAACCCGGCCAGCUCAAAGCAGCCAGGCGGCGCUACAAGACCUUCAUGAUCGACGAGAUCCUCUCCAAGGAGACGUGCGAUUACUUCGAGAAACUGUCCCUCUACUCCGUCUGCCCCUCGCUCGUCCUCAGGCCCAAGCCCCUGCACUCCUGUUCGGGGUCUCCUUCCCUGCGGGCAUACCCUCUCCUCUCUGUGAUCACCCGCCAGCCCCCCAGUGUCUCUCGCCUCGUCCCCGCCAACCCCCGCCUGGCCCAGGUGCUGACCUGCCGCCCGGCCUCAGAGACCUCCCCAGCCACUGAGACCCCAGCCCGCGAGGCUCCCGCCAGCAGCGAGUCCGAGGCCGAGCAGCCCGCCCCUCGCCUGAAAAAACCCCGCCGGAGCCGGACCAUCUUCACGGAGGUGCAGCUCAUGGGGCUGGAGAAAAAAUUCCAGAAACAGAAAUACCUGUCCACUCCUGACAGGUUGGACCUGGCCCAGUCUCUGGGACUCACACAGCUCCAGGUGAAGACUUGGUACCAGAAUCGCAGGAUGAAGUGGAAGAAAAUGGUCCUCAAAGGAGGACAGGAAGCCCCCACCAAGCCAAAAGGCCGUCCCAAGAAGAACUCCAUCCCCACGUCAGAAGAAAUCGAGGCCGAGGAGAAGAUGAAUAGCGAGCUCCAGCCCCAGCCCCAGGAUCAGCACAAACCUGAGGAGGAGGAGGAGGGCGAGGAGCAAGAGGAACCGAGAGCCCAAGAGGAACCGAAGGUGUCCGACUUCCCCUCAGAGGCACCCACAACCCCGGAGCGGCCCCCAGAGGGGCUCCCGCCUUCUCCGCCAUCUGCCUCGUCAUCAAGCUAAAGCAAAACUUGAGGGAACAGGCCGGAGGGGGAGACUAGCGGGGGUCACUCCCAAAUGACAACUCGACACACCUGGUGCCUUUGAGAAUCAAACAAUGGGUGAGGAGAGGAGGGAAGAUUGUUCCACUGUCUCCCCUCUUUCCUGGAGAGUCGUCCCAUCCUCACCCCGCUGUGCUUGACAAGGUCUUGCUCACCUCAGGGCGGGAGGGCGGGUCUUCUCCAGUUAAAACGGGUAUAAGAAGCCCCCAAGUUGCUCAACCUGAUUAGGGGAGGGUCUGGGGGUCCCCAUCACUGUUGGGGGAGGGGCUUCCGGUCCAGGACUGGGUAAGAGAAAUCCCCCCUUUGUGGUCUACACUGCCUUCUGCUCUUUCCUCUGCCAAUGUCAGGCAUUGCCAUGACAGAAAAGGAAAGAGAGAGAGACAGAGAGAGAGAGGCAGAGUAGCCUCACUGAUCCAGCACUUAUUUCUGUAGGAUUUUAAAAAGCAUCCGAUGUGUUUUGAGUCGGGCAGGGAGGGCUGGGGCAGGGGCAUGAAGAGUUAUAGGAGCCAUUGCUGGAGAAAGCUUGUGUGUGUUUGUUGAAGAUGUGUGUGUGCCUUUGACCUAUUAAAGGGUGGUAGGAUUACCCAUCACCAAAGUGCCUUGUUCUUCCUGGAGUUGGCAGAAAGCUGCAAAGCAGUUGUGUUAAAACCUUUAUUUUUUAUCAGAAGGCAAUAAAUAAUGAAACAGGA